GAUAACUGAAUGAUUCUCUCUCCGAUUACAGAAAUCGCCGCCAGAUUUGUGGGUUCUCGAUGACGGAAAUCAAGGUUAUUGGUGUCGUUGGCGGCGGUCAAAUGGGCUCCGGAAUUGCUCAACUCGCCGCCGCGUACGGCCAUGAUGUUUGGCUAAUCGAUUCAGACCCUGCCGCUCUUACUAAAGCAACCAACUCCAUUUCUUCCUCAAUCCAACGCCUGGUCUCCAGAAACCUUCUCUCUCGAGAAGUUGGUGUCAGUGCUCUUCAACGUCUAAAAUGUUCAACUGAUUUGAAAGAGCUUCAUUCAGCAGAUGUCAUCAUAGAAGCUAUCGUGGAAUCAGAAGAUGUUAAAAGAAAGCUAUUUCUUGAAUUGGAUAAGAUUGCAAAACCAUCUGCAAUUCUAGCUUCUAAUACAAGUUCCAUCCCCAUCACUCGCUUAGCAUCGUCGACCACACGUCCCGACAAGGUUAUUGGCAUGCAUUUCAUGAAUCCACCACCUAUAAUGAAGUUGGUUGAGAUUGUUCGAGGUGCGGAUACAUCCGAUGAAACGUUUCAUGCAAUAAAAACCUUGGCUGAGAGGCUUGGCAAAACAUUGAUAUGCUCUCAGGACUACUCUGGCUUCAUUGUGAACAGAAUCCUAAUGCCAAUGAUUAACGAGGCGUUUUUCGCUCUCUACACCGGAGUGGCAACGAAGGAAGACAUCGACACAGGAAUGAAGCUAGGAACAAACCAUCCCAUGGGUCCCUUGGAGCUUGCAGACUUAAUUGGUUUGGAUGUUUGUGUAUCAAUCAUGAAGGUACUUCACUCUGGACUUGGUGAUGAUAAAUAUGCUCCCUGCCCUCUUCUCGUGCAGUAUGUCGAUGCUGGUCGCCUCGGAAGAAAGCGAGGAUUAGGCAUAUACGAUUACCGUAAAUUACCAAAACCAGAAAAAUCUAAAUCUCGACUUUGAUUCAUUCGAGUCUAUAAGAUAAAUAUGUGACAUGGAUGAUCCUGCUCUCAA